AACUGCUCAAUGCAUAAUCUGUUUACCGUUUUGUUGUCUGCUAAAGCUAUGAAGUAUGACAUGAUUAUGAUUUGAAAGAAGAAAAUAGUUUAGCGUCUAAAGAUGCCAGGAAGGGUUAAAGUUCGUAUAUUGGGAGCAAGAGAUUUGCCAGUAAUGGAUAGAGCUAGUGAACUCACUGAUGCUUUUGUAGAGAUCCGUUUUGGUGAAGAAACAUUCAAGACUGAUGUUUGCAAAAAGUCACUGAAUCCACAGUGGAACUCUGAAUGGUUUAAGUUUGAGGUUGAUGACGAAGUAUUGCAGGAUGAACCAUUGGAUCUCAGGAUUUUAGAUUAUGACACUUACAGUGCUCAUGAUCCCAUUGGAAAAGUGUACAUAGAUUUGAAUCCAUUGUUGUCAAGAGAAAACUCCAACAUCAUCAGUGGAUGGUUUCCAAUUUAUGAUACAAUGCAUGGUCUUAGGGGAGAGCUGAAUGUGCAAGUUCGUGUUGAGUUGUUUAGUGAUUUCAAUAAAUUUAGACAAUCUUCAUGUGGAAUUCAAUUCUUUUGCAGCUGUGAAGUUCCAUGUGGCUGGCGUAUUCAGAGUAUACUGGGCUUUGUUGAAGAGCUUGUGGUGAAUGAUGACCCCGAAUAUCAGUGGAUAGAGAAGAUUCGAACUCCCCGGGCCUCAAAUGAAGCCAGACAGAGACUGUUUUCGAAACUUUCAGGUACACUGCAGAGAAAGUUGGGAGUGAAAGUCAUGGAAAUGGGUGGCAAUGCAGUCUUAGGUUAUUUCCAGAACUUUGACCUGGAAGGAGAGUCUGGUGUGGUUGUGAGAGGCAUUGGUACAGCUGUGGCUCUUAUAAGACUCCAUGUUGGACAGUUAUCUCCUGCAGUGCCUCUAUCAUCUUCUGUGUCACCUAUCAAAGAAAAACAUCUGAUUAAACGAGGACCAUUUAAACUGGAAAAGUUAAGCUCUAGAGACAUGCGGAGGCACACGGUGAGCCUGCACCACCAAAACACAUUCCAUACAAAAAUGGAUAGACAUGCCCCAGUGUGUAGGCAGCUGUCCAGUCCUGGACCCUCACCUUCCACUUCCCCAUCCACCAUCUCCCCUAAGUCAGGACCAUUCUCUCGCCAGUCCUCCUCGUGCUACUCCAGAAGCCCACCGCCUUCCGCUCCACCUUUCAUUCAUCUGAGUGGUGGCCCAAACCAAUCCCUAUUCAAUUUCCCUUACAGUUCUUCCUUCCCUGAAGAGUUCACCCUGUCCUCUUCCAACACCUUAACGCCGCAAUCACACCUAUGUGAACUUGGUUCAGUGGAUGCAUCAUCUCCAGCAUGCUCAGCAUCAACAUCACCACCAGUCUCACCACCUGUACACCAGCUGGCACAGAGAAACUCCACAUCUCCUGUUAGAAUAGGACCUGGGCCAGAUGUUAAUAGGAGAAUGUCAGAUUCAGAAAUUGGUUCACCACCCAAAGUCACAAAUCUAGCUGGAAACAGUACUAAAAUUAUGCAGCUUAAUUCCAAUGCCUUGCCUAACCCUUUGUAUUCAAAGACUUCAGUGGUGCAGCAAAGUAUAGAUUUAUUGGAGUACCCAUUUUUUACAAUGCGAAGUUUUCCAGCCAACUUUAUUGUCAACUUGGGUGGUGUUGUCUGUGCCAGGUCAGUGAAACUGUUGGACAAGAUUCACAAUCCAGAGGAAGCUGAGACCAGGGAUGCCUGGUGGAGUGAAGUGAGGACUGAGAUGAGAGCUCAUGCAGCUAAACUAGGCUGUCAUGCUGUGCUGGGAUACCAGGAACAAACUACUAUUUGUGAAGAAGUGAUUAUCUUGUCUGCCAUGGGAACUGCAGCAAAGAUUAAUUUGAACUUUGACAUUAGAGGCCCACAGAGUUCUAUCCCAUUCCCUGUCAGCCCUGUUGCUCAGGUGCAGUCUAGCAUUGCACCAGUGGACAAGGCUGCACCUGUAGUAUUAGAAAGAGAAAAAGAACGACAUCUUUAUGUAGAUAUAGGCCUGGCUAACCAAGCUCAGAUCAAAGCAUUGGUAGAGAAUAGCCAGGAGGAACCAGUCUCUAAGUGUUCAUUGUGUCAUAUCCCUUAUAGCCAUGGCAAUCUCCCUUUUGACAUUCAAUUAACAAAAUGUGCAAUAUGCAGAAAAAAGAAUGUCCCUGAAGUGUUAUUUACUACGAUAGACCCACCCACAGCAAUGCCAGUUUGGAGUAAAGGUUGUUUAAUACAAGCCAGAAUCUGCAGACCUAAAAGUAAAAAUAAAAACUCUGAACAGACAGCUCGAGAUAUUAGUGAUAGUUUACCAUUUUUAGAAUAUGAAGUUCAUAAUCAGCUUAUCAACAAGUUGAAGAUUCGUGGGCUGAAUUGUUUGUUUGGACUUCGGAUACAGAUUUGUUUAGGAGAAAACAUGCUGGCAGCUGUUGCAACUGCAACAGGAGCAUUUGUUGGUCCUCUUCCUCCUCCUCCAGAACCCAAGAUCUCUACAGAUGUAGCCACAGCUCAAGAAACUCAGGAUAUGUUGACAUUACAGAAGAGAAUCACUAGGACAGUACAACUGCAUCGUGAGAGACUUGGAACAGAUAAGGUGGAAAGUCAGAGUGAACAUAGUCCACAUAGUGCCAACACAGAUGACCUCACAGAUCAGGAAGAAGAUAGUGGAAAUUUCUUUUUGGAGUCAACUAAAGAUAAAAAUACAUUUAUCUUAGUAAUUGAUGACCUGAAAGAUGAAGCUGUGGACUUGAUACUACAUGAUGUCAUCCCACCAGAAGGUUUUGAAAUUUGCAACACACAGAUACCGACUGGCAUAGCACCAGAACGAAUUACUGGUAACUUACAGAUGUUUACCCAACAUGUCUUGGUGCGACUACAACCUACAGCUAAUAACAAUACAGAGUUCUCUCAAAUUUUCAAUGUUAUCUUGAGGAGACUAUGUUUUAAGUUGCGACAUUUUAAACCCUGCUGUCUGACAGAUAUUUGUUUCAAUGUGGAUCUCCCUGAUGAAGAUGAAGUGACUAUUGCUGUGACAGGAUGUUGUCUGGGACUGCAAGAUUCUAGUCAGCCAGCCUCAGCAUCUGCUAGUGCAACCAAACUGUUGGCUCGGACUCAGAGUACAUCAAGACCAACUUCAGCUGUGCUAGCAGCUCCCAGCCAAACAGAUGACAUGAUGUUUACACUAGAUGGUGUGGGUGAGUCUGCAGCACACACACAGCCACCACCUGUAGUACGUCUGGGCAGCACAGCCAGUCAGCUCAGGCGAUCAUUACGCCAACUUAAAGAAAGUUCCAGACAAAAAAUACCUCCUCCAAUGGGCAUUGAGUUAACUCCACUAAAUGUUAUCUACAAUGGUCGUAUUGACAAGUACUUAGGCUACUACAACUUUUUCUUUAUCAGAGAGAGUACAGCAGUGAAGGAGAGUGGAGGUGUUGGAGGUUUCAUGCAGAGUUUCAUUCUGGAAGUGAUGGCCAUUGUUAGAGCCCAUGUAGCAGCUCUAGGGGGAAAUGCUUUACUGGCCUACACUAUGACUCAUUGUAUCUUGGAGAACAACCCCCAGAAAAAUCAGGGUCAAUGUCUAAUCAAUGUCAGUGGUGACAUUGUGUGUGUACUACAUGAUGGAGAAGAGGGAGUGGACAGUAUCAUCAUGGAGACUCCAGUCUUAAUACCAGCAGCAGCUUCAUAGUGUUAUCUCACAACACCUGGAGGAAGAAACAUAUCAUCUUGGAGUCUCUAGCUCUCACCUUUUCCAACACCCGUAAAAUCCAGUGGAUCAACCAGUGUCUUACUUUGUUGACUAAACUACUUUUAUCAAAACACUCACACACACAAACAAACUUCCAAUGUAUGAUUAAAGUUUCCUGUAUUUAUAAACAUUAUUUAUUUGUAAAAAAAAAAAAAAAAAAAAUUCUGUAAAUAGGAUACUUGAUUUUUUUUGUUUUUUUUUAUUUGAUUUAACAAUAAAUUACUAGUUCUUACUAAUUUUUUUUUUCCUUUUUUACAAUGAAAUUUGUGGAUUUUAUAGUGAAUAAUUUUUAGAAAUAGUUAUGUAUUUGUUCAUAGACCCACUCUCUGGGCCCGUACAUGAAUAUGUCCUAUUAAGGAAGCCAUCAACAUUUGCAUACACUAGACAAUCAGUUGUACUUCUGGUGAUGUAGGAAAAUUUGAAGGAAAAAUUUGGUGAUAGAAAGAAUCAUGUCUCUUAGUGUCUUAACCAUCCCCUCCUCCUCCUGUUUGUUUGUUAAGCUAUGCAUUUGUAUUUGAUAAGACGUGUCAAGGAAAUGGAACUUUGGCUUCAACCAUUUUGAAGUGAUCUCAUUUGAACUUGUAGCUGUUCAUGUUGUUACAAGUUAAUCAUAUUUUUGCAUUUCCUGCGAGGCGCGGUGGCUGAGUGGUAAAGCGCUUGGCUUCCAAACCGGGAGUCCCAGGUUCAAAUUCUUGUGAAGACUGGGAUUUUAAAUUUCGGGAUCUUUGGGCGCCUCUGAGUCCACCUAGCUCUAAUAAGUAUCUGACAAUAAUUGGGGAAAAAUAAAGUUGGUAGGUCAUUGUGCUGGCCACAUGACACCCUCAUUAACCGUGAGCCACAUAAACAGAUGACCUUUACAUCAUCUGCCCAGUAGAGUGCAAGGUCUGAAAGGGGGAAGUUUACUUUUUGUCCUGGCUGUAGGUUGUAUCUGCACAUAGAAACCUAUUUCUUUGGUUCAAUGUACAUUUAUUACCAGAUUUAAUUGCUAGGUAUUUCUAUUACAGCAUUGGUGAACUAUUACAGGCUGUGAUGAAGUCUGUAUCUAUCUAUUGACAUAUUUUGAGAAAGAGUUCAUUCCUCUAGUACAGUUGCUGAAGAAAAUGACAAUCUUUGUCUUGUAGUUUUAGAGACACAAGAUCUCCAUGCACUAGGAAAUAUGUUCACUAAGAUGUAGUCUUUAGUCUGUUCACUGUCACUUCAUAACUUUGUUAUACUGCUGAUCACAAAAUGUGAACCUCUUCAAAGUAUUCUUUUGGCUAAAGCACCCAACUUGUCUCCCUAGCUUUAGAUACCUCUGUGGGCUGGGACUAGAACAAAGGGGAAGAGAAUGUUGGCUCUGUUGGGAAUGUCCAUUACACCCAAACCAGUUUAGACAGUGGUCCUUGUGUACUCUAGGUAGAUGUCACACUUGAUAGAAAAACUCGAGAGAUAUGUACAGCGUUUCAGUAUAAAAUAUUUAUCACUGUCUCUUUUACUCAUUCAGUCUAUUAAGCUAGUUGCAGACAACUUAUGAAAUGAUGUAGUUGAACCACCCCCCUGUACUAGAGUUCUCACUCAAAGAUUGAUGGGUCAGAAGAAAAAAAUUACUAAAGGGGAGAUAAUCUUUUGUUUGUGUUGUUCUUCAUUUGUACCCAUAUUUUCUAAAUCUCUUCUAAUUAUAGAGUCAGUCACUUCUUAUAGAGUCAGUCACAUCUAUUUCUAGAGACCGUUAUUUCUAAUUCUAGACAGUCUUGGUUCAGCUGCUCUUUUUCACUGAGACCUGACAGGCUGAAUCUAUGGCAUGUUUGUGGAAGUUACUUGAUCCUCUGGACACAAGACCAGUUUCUCUACUAUGUCGUCAGGACACAAGGACAACACUAGUUUCUCUACUAUGUCCACUAAGUUGUCUAUGCAUUUAUGCAAAAGUCAUUAAUCAAGCAUUCAUUCAUUAUGGCUUAUAGGAUUUUUUUAAUGGAAUAGUUUUGUUAUUCUAUAAACUUGUUGCUAUGAUGAUUUCUAUUAUAUAUAUUUUGAAAUGAAAUAAAAAGGAUACAUUUUG